GCGAACCCUCGUGGAAGGGUGCACACCGAUGAGAUAGCAGGAAAUUGAAUAGUGCUUUCACUUGAUAGUGAGCCGAAGUGGCGUUGUCACUAUACACGAACCAUCCGUUUGGUUAAACGGCAUGGGUUCUGUCGCAACAUAUAUUAAAAUGUCCGGAACGGAGGCGCAUGGCGGCGAUACGAGUCCUACGCGUCAGCCGAGACAGAGCAGAAUUCACAGCGUCGGGUUACCGGUCCGAACAUCCCUACUUCCGGAACCACCGCCUACCGGAAGCGAGACUCCACCACCGAUACCGCGGCGCCAUUCCGCUGCACCGGCUGUAGCACCUCCACCGAUACCCCUGCGGCCGCCAGCGAUCCCGAAGCGAAGGAAAAACGAGAAACCGAUACCCGUACCGAUAUCGACGAGACAGGAGAAUCAACCGAAUCGACGAAAGGCCAGCGACCCGACACCACCAUCCUCGACGAUACUCACCGCCUCCUGGAGCCACGACAACGAGAAGCUGAUCGAUCUGGGCCCCUUCCGGGCUCAAGAUCAGCGAACCGCUCAUGAGUAUUCGUUGAGCUUCCCGGGCAAAGAGGAAACGAGCGAGGAGGGUGAUUUCGUGGCGGACUUCGACAGGGCGAACUUUGAGGAAGACUGCAAGCUCAGCCAGAAGUCGAGCUUCGAGGAGCUGCAGAAGGCUUCCCGCGAUCUCGAGAAGAGGCUGCACGAGAGGAUCGUGAAGAGCGCCGAGUCGAAGUUCAAAGAUCACCAGGCUGGAAGGGACGGACGUCAGAGGCAGGGGGGAACCGCGCAGAACGGCAGGCUUCAGUCGUCGAAGUUGGGGAAAGAGAGCGAGCUGGGGAGCUACGAGCAGGCCGCCGACGGAAAGACUCAAGAAAAAUUAGCUCCGUCUCGACGGGAGCCACUCCAGGAGGACGAUACGAAGUUCGCGGCGCUGUUGAGAUCGCGUCGCGAGGCAGCCAAGAGAUGCAAGUUCGAAGAGCUUCAGGCUGCCUCGAUGAAGCUCGAGAGACGUCUGCGCGAGGAGGACGACAAUCUCCGCACGAUUAAAGAGAGGCCAGCCACCAGGUACGAAGAGUUGCAAAGAGCCUCGCAGGAUCUCGAGAGACGCCUGCAUGCCGAUGAAAGAUCCUCGGAACCUAGUCCUCGCGGGAAAUACGAGGCAGAGAUGGACAAGGCCAGGUGUAUUCUGCAGCAAAAUCUCAAAAAGGAGAGAUGCUGCGGCGAGAAAUUGGAGAAAUUGCCGAAGGCUACGCAGACGAAUCUUCCGCCGCCUCUGUGCGCCAUUUCUCAGAGCCCAGUACCGAAGCCCAUCAGCGUCAGACAGGACAGUAACGUCUCUUCGGACAGUUUUAGUCAGACGAGCUCACCGAGCUACACCAGCAAGACAAUGGAAGCUCCUCUUCUGCCUCAUAAACACGGCAAGGUUCCAGACAGGGCACUGGUGUCCGAGCCCGACAGCUCGUCGGGUAGGACCAUUACUAAGUCGACCAGCACCCCAGCCAGUCUACAGACCAUCGUCAGGGUUCAUGGUGGAAACAACGGUUCUUUACAUCAUAAGAUCAUCGGAGACAUGACCAGCAGCCACUACGUGACCACCGGAAGGCUACGCUUCAGAUUCGUGCAGGUGUUCUUCAACGCUGUCGCGCUCCUUAUCAUCGCAGGCGGUUUGGCCGUGUACUUCAAAUCCUAUCCCGAGACUGUCAUACGCUUGGAGAAUAAGACGAUCUACACUAACGUACUCCCGUUGACGGAACAGGCAGUAGCAAUGAUCGAAGAGAAGAAUCCAGCACCGGGAGUAUGUCUACCCAUAAUAGUAACUUUCUGCCAAAACCACAAGAUUCCGUAUAAUUUCACCGUCUUCCCGAAUUACAUGGGCAAUUUCGGGCAGCGCGAUGCCCAGCACGAGCUCGAGCUUUACGACUCCGUGAUCGAUGUCAGAUGCUAUGAAUUAGCCGCCCUCUUCCUGUGCAGCGUUUUUGUGCCGAAAUGUGGAUCUCGGGGUCACCUGGUGCGACCCUGUCGCAGUCUCUGCUUUCAGACUAAGAGACGUUGCGGGUUCUUCUUGGACGUGUUUGGUCUGACGCUGCCAGACUACCUGGAGUGCGAGCUGUUCCCGGAGAACUCUAAUCCGGACGAGUGCGUGGGACACCAGGAAGUGUUGGAGGCAGGUCGGAGAGCGGAGAAACCCGUAUGCACCAGCGGCUUUCAAUGCGACGGCACCAGAUGCAUUCCGGUCGACUGGCGAUGCGACGGUCACUUGGACUGUGCCGAUCACACCGACGAGAUUGGAUGCGGUGAAUGCAGUUCCUCUUCCUCGCCCACCGCGUCCGUUUUCAACACGAAGAUCGUGAAGAAGCCCAUUCUAGCGAAGACCACCGUCUCGAAAUCCCCCUUGCACUGCGGCGAGAGGAGGUGCAUGUCCGCCACUCACAUCUGCGACGGUGUCAUGGACUGUCCUUGGGGCCAGGACGAACGUUACUGCUUGAAGCUGAGCCAAAGAAACGGGGACGUUGGCGAGGGAAGAUUGGAGGUUUACCACGCCGAAAUGGGCAAGUUUAUGCCAGCCUGCAUCUCUCAUUGGGAACCGAACUCUGCUAACACGAUUUGCUCUAUGCUUGGAUACACAGUGGCGCUUUCGUCGAGGUUGCUGGCCCAGGAUAUGAACAUCACCCAGAGGAAUUUCAGUAGCCCUAAGACGAACCAUCUGAAGGAAUUUCAGGAAUGCAUCACGGAUCAGGAGAUCUAUCCAAAGGUGGAGCUCACGUGUACGGAAUACGCUUGCGGACGAAGAAAGACGGUGUAUGGGAACGCAAAGGUGAAGACUAGAAUCGUGGGUGGCGUGGAAUCGGCACCCGGUGAUUGGCCAUUCUUGGCAGCUCUUCUUGGGGGACCUGAACAGAUUUUUUAUUGUGCUGGAGUUCUGAUAGCCGAUCAGUGGGUUCUGACAGCGUCUCAUUGCGUAGGAAAUUACUCCGACGUAACUGGAUGGGCGAUUCAGCUAGGUAUUACCAGACGACACUCUCACACGUAUCUUGGACAGAAACUGAAAGUGAAGAGAGUAGUGCCUCAUCCGAUGUACAAUCUGGGUAUCGCUCACGACAACGACGUCGCCCUAUUUCAGUUGGAAAGACGAGUUCAAUUCCACGAACAUGUGAGACCAGUCUGUUUGCCCAAGGCUGACACUCAUCUCAUCCCCGGGACUCUAUGCACCGUCAUCGGUUGGGGCAAGAAAAAUGACUCCGAUUCAUCCGAGUACGAACCAGCCGUGAACGAAGUGCAGGUUCCAGUUCUGAACAGGGAGAUUUGCAAUUUGUGGCUCGCGUACAAAGAAUUGAACGUCACCGAUGGAAUGAUCUGUGCCGGUUAUCCAGAUGGGGGAAAGGACGCGUGUCAGGGGGACUCCGGGGGUCCUUUGUUGUGUCAGGACGAACACGUUAAAGAGAAGUGGUUUGUCGGCGGUAUCGUUAGUUGGGGAAUAAAGUGUGCUCACCCGAAAUUACCUGGUGUUUACGCCUACGUGCCGAAAUACGUUCCGUGGAUUCGUAAUGAAAUGGCCAAGUACUCCGACGUAGGUAUGGGUUAA